UAAAUCAGAUUUCUCUGUUUAUUCCUCUGAAGCUCCAUCAGUGAAAGACAAAGACAGAGUUUAUUGAAGGACAGUGAGAAGAUGAGUGAUCCAGAACCCUGCAGAAUUAAACAGGAAGAGACUGAAGAAAUAAUAGAAGUGGUGGUGAAGGAGGAGAGUGAAGAACUGAGUGAAGAUGAGGAGAAACAUCAUGUCAAAAGUGAAACUGAAACUCACUCAAACACAGAACACGGCUUUAUAAUAGACCAAGCAGCUGGAGAAGGUUGCACCUGCACUCAGUGUGGAAAGAUUUUCAGCCGCAAAUACGAUCUCGAGCAUCACAUGAGGACGCACACUGCAGAGACACCUUACAGGUGUUCGCACUGCGACAAAAUAUUCAGCAAGUCUGGACAACUGAGAGCACACAAGAAGAUCCACACCGGGGAGAAACCGUUUCACUGCGUCGCCUGUGGGAGGAGUUUCACAUAUUUGUCUUCUCUGCGUUUACACACAAAAAACUAUCAUGACCUGAGUGAAGACAUGAAGAUCUACUUUAACGUUCAUUCAAAGACCAAGCCUUUUCUAUGCUCUUUGUGCGGAAAGAGUUUCAAUCGUCCACACUGUUUGAGAAAACAUCAGAUGACGCACACUGGAGAGAAACCGUACAAGUGUUCACACUGCGGCAAGGCUUUCAGCCAGUCAGGAAACCUGAAAACACAUGAGAGGAAUCACACUGGAGAGAAACCGUUCACAUGUACUCCGUGUGGGAAGAGUUUCACACACUCCUCAGAUUUCAAUCGACACAUGAGGAUCCACACUGGAGAGAAACCGCACGAAUGUGAUCAGUGCGAUAAAGCAUUCCUGAGGGCUUCAGAUCUGAGGAUCCAUCGUAGAGUUCAUACAAAGGAGAAGCCGUAUUCAUGCUCUGAGUGUGGAAAGAGAUUUACAUGGCAGUCGAGUGUAAGGAAACAUGAGAAGAUCCACGCUGGAGUGAGGGAGUUCGAGUGCUCCGAGUGUGAGAAGAGUUUUAUCACGGCUGGAGAACUGAAACGGCACCAGAGGAUUCACACCGGAGAGAAACCGUACACAUGUGCAGAGUGUGGGAAGAAGUUCACCAAAUUAUCAUACCUUUUUAACCACAUGAAUAUCCACUCUGGAGAGAAACCUCACAAGUGUUCACACUGCGACAAGGCCUUCGUUCAGUUACAAAGCCUGAAAGCACAUGGGAGGAUUCACGCUGAAGAGAAAACACAAAUGUGAUCAAUGCGGCGAAACAUUUUUGAGUGCGGUACCUCGGUAUAGUCAUAUAAUAAAAGAUCAGUAUGUGCAAGUGUCAAUACCUUGAG